AUGGCCAGGGUACCAUUGGCAGCGUCCGUGAUGCUACUGCUGGUGCUCUACUCCCACGGGGUGUCCUCGGCCCCUGCCCAGCACCUGUGCGGGUCCCGCUUGGUGGAUGCCCUCUACUUCGUAUGUGGAGAACGGGGCUUUUUCUACAGUCCAAACCGACCCCACAAGCGGGAUCUGGAACAUCUUCUCGGGUUCCUGUCUAAAAGGGCCAGACAGGAGCAGCGGCUGUGGAUGGCUCUGUCUGGCCAUGAUGAGCCCAAGGUGAAGAGAGGCAUCGUGGAGCAGUGCUGCCAUAAGCCAUGCAGCAUUUACCACCUGGAGGGGUACUGCGAGUGACCCGCCACUCCACAACUAGCACCACUCAUAGCUUGUAAAAAGGUCCCGAAGUCAAUUUCUGGCCCGAUACUUGCUGGCUAUGUCUUAUCAACUGAA